GCGCCGGCCGGUGAACGAGUUCGCGGUAGAAUGGUGGAGGGAAGGUGGUUGUGACGGUGAUGGUGGUACCUGCGUGCGCGAGGAGAGAGAAAGAUUAAAAGGACGCUGAGACGUACAGGGGGGCAGCGGUUGGGGGCUCCGGGGAGAUUAUGCUUGCCAUCGUAAUGCCACGUGGCGCGUUUCACGCUGGCAAACAUGCCAUCAAUCGACGGCUCAGAACUCUUACAAUUGAGAAGCUCGCUCGGCGAGAAGUUGAUGUUGUGACGCUGCACUCCACUUGGCGGCCAAAUAAUCGAGGAUCAGCUAUGGCGUCGGCGGCGUCAGUGCUGGUUGCCGGAAGGCCUCGCUCAAAUCUUACUCCCGUAAUUAAACAGAUAGAAGCCCUGGAAGUGAACAUGAGGCAAAUCCAAGCGUUGUUGGAUGUCCAGACGGAGGGCACUGAGGGCAAUGGCGAUCGACUAUCGAUUGAUCCCUUUGGUGCAGAUGUUGGCCGUGGCAAUCAGGAGUCACUCGCCGGCACCAAUCAUGUCCCGGUGUCAGAGGGGGUCGGAGAGGGUGAGAUGACACCAGCGGGAACAGUUCUACCGUGUAUCGGGGCCGCGGCCUUGGUUUCGCUGACCGUUGCCACUAUGGAGGACCGGCUUGAGAGGCAGUUGACGGAAUCUGUCACAAGAAUAGAAACGCAGUGCAUGUCUCGAGUGAUUGAGGUCGUAGCGGCUGUGAGCGCUGAUCUGACCUCUCGCGUGGAUGAAGCGGUGAGCAGAGCGAGGGAAGAAGGAGAAGCGAGGGCUGCAAAACUCAAAGAGCAGAACGAGGACCUGGCAAGGAAAAUGGAGGUGUUGGAGAUGGAAGUGCAAUCGGAAAAGAGGAGCCGGGUUUUCCUGCAGAGGAUGAUUACUGCUCUCGCGGAAGCUCUGGCGACGUCUGAGCAGAAAGCCAGCCAGUGCAGUAACUACGUUUUGGCGAGAGAGUUUGGAGAUUCGAAUGCAUUUCCGCGCAAUCCUCCUCCCUCUCCUGCUUUGUCCUUCACAUCGAAGCUGAAGACCGCUCGUUCCGCGGGCAUGGUGUCGCCUUUGCCUCCUGCCGCUCCUCUCAUGGAUCAAUACCUUGGCGUCCUGAGGGAGCUUUCGGCGGGUGGCCGUCAUGGAGAAGCGGGAGAUGCGGGGCUGUAUGGCGGAGGAGAGUCCGCUGCGUCGCCCGUCUCCGUGCGCUCCGCGCCGUUGGAGCGCAGCCCACAGAUGGUGGAAUCGUCCGCCAGCCGGCGGGCGCCCUGGUCAUCGAAGCUGAAGAGCCGCUUUGGGAGAGUGGUCGACUUGCAGGCAUUCACCAGAGGCGAUGCUGCCUCCGUCGGGGAAAGAGCACGACCUGGUGGUGGGGAGUCGGAGGCAGAGCUGCCGUGCGUGCCCGACGUGAAGUUGCCUGCGGAUAUGGCGGACGGUGUGUCGUCGAGGCUCUCGGAGAGACUGGGCUUGAGUGAUCUUGCCCAGGGGUCUCCGUACUCGGACGAAAAUGCAUUUGUCCCAGGACGCGGACUCGAUGCAGAAGUGCCGGAGUUGUUUAAGAAGGUGGGGAGAGAGCUGCUAUUGCAGGGGAUCGGGCCAGCAGGUGCGGGAUCCAGCAGGGAGGAGAGGAGGCCUUGCUCCGGUCAUACCCAUCCUGCUGUUGAAGAGAAGAUGUUUGGCGUUGAAUCUGGAGAUUGCAAAGGAGCUGAUGCGGCGGAGAUGACCUCGCUGCUGCCAGAGCAGCCACUAUUUUCCUAUGACGUUCGCCAACCGGGCGGGCCUAUUUCUUCCUAUCACCCCGUGGGUGCGUCAGAGGACGGAGGCUGCAAAGCCGCCGAGCUGCAAGAGGAUGGAGUUUGUGCUGGCUCUCCUUGUCGUCGGGAAGAAGCAAGAGCAGCGGCAGAAGCAGGGGCACCCUUGCCCUUCCUGGCAAUGUCAAUUAAUCUUGACCCUGACAGCCGUAGGCCUAGGAAAUGCGAUUCGCGGAGAGGCUUGUCCUCGUUGAACACCAACAACAACAACAGCAGCAGCAGCAGCAGCAGCUACGGAGACAUCUACGUGCGUCCGGAUGUCAGUUACGGUUCUUCGCCUUCGGGAUCGACAUCAAGUCUCCUUAAGAAGACUGAGUUGUUGCCGACGACUCCCGACGCUUGGGGUGCUCCUCACAGGCCACCUCUCCAGGCCCUUCCUUUUCCACCCUGUGGCGCGGAUGAAUACGUCUUCGUCGAGGGUGGCACACCGCCUCGCUCGCACUCUCGGAGCCGAAUUGCAGCAGCUGACCGGCCAGCACCGAGCUGUCCCGCGGCUGUCUCCGAAUCAGCAACCUACACAGCGCGCUGUCGGGCGCUAGGUGGAGGAUACGAGAGGCGAGCUGAGGUCGAAGGGUGCCUACGCGAUUUCGAUCGAGAGAGGUUGACAAAGGACUUGUCCGCAUCGAUGGAACGAGAGUGUGCAGCCUUGCAGCGAUGCCGGGAGGGUAACGAGGAGGAAUGCACUCCGGAGGCAGCAGGAAUGCUGUCGGCCGAGGGCAUGUCGUUGUCCUUAUCCGAUGUUUCUAAGUUCAAUCACUGCCCCGAUAGUGUCGACGCACGGUCGCCUAUUUCGGUGAUUGGAGAGGAUAUUAGAUCCUAUUUCCAGCAGUCUGCAUCGGCGGAGAAGAAGAGCAGCGGCGGCAUGUUCCCCGCCGACGAGGUCGACCCAGAAGCUUAUCCCGAGGGGUUUUUGGAUGUGGCCGAAGCUCUUAUUCUGAAUGCCCAAGCGGGCCCGACUUCCCAGCACGCCUUGCGGCUCCUGGUCUCACUUCUGAACUCUGAGGAGAAGAAGUCGACAGCACUUUGUGAGACAGAGGGCGUGGGGUGCAAGAGAGGAACGUUGCAAUCGUGGUACCCCAUGCUGAACAUUCCUGUGUCGCCAUGCUUCUCUACAUCUAAACCCCUGGCCGCGAAGAAGUCCGUCUCGCGCGCGCUGGCCUUGGCAAAGAAUGCUUCAGCACCACAGUGGCAGCGCCCCGAGCCCGAGCACAGCCUUGCCUCCUCCUUCUCCAGUGCGAAGGAGAACAGGCCACCAGAGGAGGAGCGCCCGUCCAGUGACAACAAGCCCCCGAUGACCUUGUACGCUGGCGAAAGAACCUGCAGUAGUAAAAUUCGCUGUCGUCUUAAUGUUGAUCAUCAGCCGCAGCACCCUCAGCAGCAGGAGCAGCAGGAGCAAGGUGUAUUGAGAGAGGAGAAGCUUCCGUCGCCUCCUUGCACGCCUUCAAUGUCGUCGGCGAAGGACGAGAACGAUACAUUGUGUAAUUUUGCUGAUGAGAACCUUCCGACUAAUUUUGCCACGGUCGUUCCGCGAGGAGGAGAAGCAGGACGUGCUCGUCUUGCGGCCAACGUCGCCCACUCUGGGAACGGAUAUGAACUGCAGGCACGUGUGCCUGCUAGUGAUUUGAAUGCCCUUUUCGAUUCUCCGGCGCUGUCCACGACGUCCUCUUCUUUCUUGUCUGGCAAGGAGAACAUCGCGCCAGAAGCUGCGGUGGACGUCGAGCACACCUCCUGUUUUCGUGGCCAUGACCAUGUCGCCGUCGCCAAUCAACCUGUUCGUGAUACUGCCUCCUCUCCUCCUCCUCUGUCUUCUUUGCCUAUGGUGCAGCUGAGUGGUGUCCUCCAGCCUAUGGAUAUCCAUUACUCUUGUGCUCUGGUAAGUCGCCAUGCUCCGAGGAGCUCGGCGGCUGGGGCCAACGCUGAAGGGGGUGCAGAGGAGGACACGCCGGUCCCUUCUCCUCCUCCGGUCUCUGCUGAGAACAUGGAAGCUGUCGCUGUUGAUCAGUUGAAGUCCACGAUCGUGCCUUCUUCAGAAGAGCAUGUUCUAGCCGCUGAUCCUUCCUCUGCGUUCUUGUUUCUUCACGAUGCUCAUGAUGUGGCCGCCUUCGACCAACCCACACCGAAGUUGCCCUUUUCCACUGCUUGCAGUCCUCUUCUGUCUUGCCUCGAGGUGGCUACUGCUGGUGCUGGAGCAGCUACUGCACGGGGCGAACGCGCUGUAUUGGCGCUCGACGGUACGCCGAUGUGCGAGCAACAAGAGGGGAUAGUCCUUACCCCCUCUGCGAAGGUUGCAGCUGAUAGCAAAAUAGAAUGUGCUUCUGCUUCUGACGGAGUUGCCCCCGCAGGCAUCGUCGGCAGAACCGCUGAGGCGGUUUUUUCGUCCUGUGGGGAAGCACAAGAGUUUGCAGCGGAAUUAGAAAUCUCUUCUGUUCAUCCGGCUGAGCAUGUGGAGGCGACACAUUCUCGCGAAGGCGAUACGUCGGCGGCACCCUCUCCGGCAGCGGUGGAUUCCGCGGUGGUUUUAUAUACUGCGGAUCAGCAGGGGGGCAGCUCCCAACUGUCGUUUAGGGACUGCAACAUAGCAAAUGAACGAGGGGAUACCGAACUUGCUGGAGGUGUCUCUGCGUCAUCGCCGUCAAAAGCACCGGCUUCGGACGGCGAAUCCUCGUCUGGGCCCACCGUUUGUCGAUGCUCUUCGGGAAGGACACUGAUUCCCACGUCUCAGUCAAAUGGCACUCGAGUGAGCACACACGAUCUGGAAGCUGUCUAUCAGGGGUUCGCGUCCGUUUCGUCGACCGUUUUGGUGAAUGCAGCCCCCCGUCGAGAGAACGGUGCUGCGCGAAAGAAUGCGGCUGGGGUACUUUCCCCGUCGUCGGAAACGCCUCAAUCGACGCUGCGGAAGCUGCAUCAUCAUGUUGGGAACGGCGGCAGCGAUUCUGAAGGUGGUGGCACUCGUAGUGUCGCGUCUGCGGCUAUGGAGGCGUCGGCGGAGGCGUCAGAGUCACUGAAGCAGCAGCAGCAGCAGCAGCAGCAUACAGCGACGGUUCCUCCUCAGGCGACCGAGGCUGCUGUCGUCGAAGUCAACGAAGGUGGUCAUGCCGAUGUUUGCCUUCCACCUGUUACGACUUCUUCCCGUGCAAUGCCUUCAACAGAGUUCGUCGUGUCAGUAGAACGGCCGUGUCCCGACUCGUACUGUAUGGGGGAGACCGGAGAGGUGGAAAUCUCAUCGUCCUUAGGAUCUCCACGUGCCUCUCUUUCACUGUCGGCGGCUCUUCGACUUGGACGUCUACUGACUCCUAGUACGGAAGAUAGCAUGUCGGAGAAAUCAAGGUCGGUGACAGUUGACAAUGCUGCUCUCGGCGGCUCUGCGGGGCAUGAUGAUUUCGUCGAUGAUGCCAUCACCAGUGGGUGGACGAUGCAUGUCGACGAGUAUCUUCGCGAGGCCAGAAUCGAGUCUGAUGACGACACUGUGGUUAUCAUGGGAAAGGAUCAUGGGAUUGCACACCGUGAUGCUGACAACAGCGAGGAUGACCACGACGGCGGGCAAGCCGACGAAGACGAGGAAAAUGAACAAGCGAAUCUGGUUUUGACAAGCACGAAGAAGAGAAACAACGGCUUGCAAGACAGGGAAGAGGGCUGGGCGGACGGUGGGGAGUCUGACGAGUAUCGUCGUCUUGCGUACCCCUGGGGGCAGCAGCAGCAGCAGAAGCAGUCUCGUCCGUCGUCUCCCCUCAAGGACAGCGUUGUUGAUCGGAAAGGUGGUUGGUCUGAAUGUGGCACUGAUGUCAUUGCAGAGCGAAGUCUGGAUCAGGUGGAAUCUGUGAAACGUGCCGUUAAGGAACACCCUGGGACCACCAUCGUGGGGAGCUGCAACCGGUCUGGCCAUGCUCACGACCUAGAUGGGCAUGAUAGCGUCGGCGAGACCGAAGAGCAAGGUUACGCACCGCCUGGUCAAAGCGUCACGCCAAUCUUGGACAGAGACUGUAUGGGCGUCGAUGGACACUUCUGGACAGGUUUGUCUCCGGUGGUGGACUUGUCUGAUCUUUCCCGGGAAGAGGAUAGACAAUCUGGCUUCAACAGCUCCAACAAAUUUGCGACGUUGGCUCUGAAGGGGAGCGUUGGGAAACUGGACGAGAAUGAACCGAGCAGGCGGCUUAAAGAUAUUGCUGUUACCAGCUUGGAGGAUGAUAUUCGGAGCAGGCUUGGUGACGAUGACAUCAAAGGCUCCUGGACUCUGGAAAGAGGACGAGCGGUUGCUGCGGAACUGGCGACAAGCUGCCCAGAAAGCCCGAGAGGAGAGCAAGGACUCAGUCACAAGGCGCUGCUCAAGGGGACGCCGAAGAGGAAGGAGGAACCACUCGGUCCUGUGGGCAUAUGGCUUAAGGAUAAGCUGAAGCUUACUGUCAAGCGACUUGAGGCACUGGAAUCUGCAAUCAGGAGGGAUGACGCGGAAGCCGUGGCAGAACUGCAACGGGUGAUAAUUGCUCGUGGAGGUUCUACGGAGGUUAGUCUGCUUUGGCAGGCCGACAAGAGCGAGAGAAUCAGUCAGUUAAUGUCUCACUGUAUACGGUAUUGUCUGGCAGUCCUUUGCGAGCAGGGAAAGGAUCCGAACGGGGAAAACCGGUCGUUGGACUUGUGCUCAGAUGAUCAGGUGGUGCUGGUAGACAGAGCCCUGCGUUUCCGGGAAAUUAUUCACUGCCAAGCAAUCGGUAAAGCGGCAAAGUUAGCCCAGGAGGGACUUCAGAGGGAGGGUUUGUUGAAGGUAGGGAAUGUCAAAUCGAAGACUUCAGUAAGUUCUGACGGAAGUUUGGGAGGUAGAUCUGCCAGUUCCUUUGCCCGACCACUUGCAAGGAAAGGACACCCAUCAGUGAGCAUGGCUGGCGGAUCUGCCGGGUCUCGUAAUCCCACGAGGAGAACUGGGAAGGACUCCAGCAGCUUUGAGCGCGCUAACGGUGUGGGUAAAAGUGCAUGGGGAGGUCCAGGAGUUGGCGUUCGCAAAAUGCCGGCACACAAGACGAGCACGAAGGCGACCGAGUUAUCGGACGCAAUCCUUGCGGGAAAUCGACCGGUGACAACUGCUGCACGCAAGAUUAGUGACAAAGAGAAUCAAGGCCCAAGGUCUGCAGCAGUGGCCACAUCUCGACGGAUACAUAAGAGCGACGGACCCGUUACAGCACCACUGAGCCCGCUCGAGCUGGCGAGGACGCGAUCAGGAGUGUAAAAUUUUCAGAGUAUCGAAUGGUCACAAUGCAUUCAUCAAUUGCCAAGUAGCGUCGGAGCUACAGGAGUCUCACUAGGCCGAAGUGGUCUUUCUGGGGCCAGAGGGAUCGUCGUGGAACCAGAGGGGUCGUAGUGGGGCGACAGGGGUGGUACUGCGGCCCCACGCACAGAGAACGUAGUACUGGGGCUACAUCAGCUGGAUCAGGAUGCGCUGCAGCUGCAACCGGGAAAAGUAUGCAACAAAAGAGUCCCAAACGC